CUGAAGCGUCCGAUGGAUAGAAAAACGAUUUUCUAGGGUAUUUUAAUUUAGAUAUCUGCUGUACUCUACAAGACAUAAAAAUGGUGAAGUACACAACGUUUCAAAUAGGCACUAAGGACGGCAUUGAUGUAAUUGAAGGAAUAACGAUGAACGAUGCGGCAACUACCAUUUCAAACUCUCCAGAAGGUCGCAAGAAUUAUGAUGACAGCUUCUUUAUAUGCGACUUCGGCGAUAUUGCAAAAAAGCAUAAAAGAUGGCAGGAAUUGUUUCCCACCUCGCGUCCAUUUUAUGCAGUGAAAGUUGCUCCAUAUCCACCAAUGGUUAGGUGUUUGUCUGCAUUAGGUGCUGGAUUUGAUUGCGCUAGUCAGGAAGAAAUUGAUCUGGUAUUAAACAAUGGAUCAACUCCGGAUUCUAUCAUUUUUGCCAACCCGUCAAAACCAGUCUCACAUAUUAUUCAUGCAAGAGAGAAUGGAGUGAAAAUGUUGGUAUUCGACAGUGAACUAGAACUUCAGAAGAUCAGGAAACAUUUUCCAGAUUCAGAAUUGGUUUUACGAAUGAGCGUUGACAAUCCAACAGCUGAGUUUCCUCUCGAUGGCAAGUUCGGUGCAACCUUUGAAGCGUCUCAACAUCUAAUCACUACUGCAAGCUUAACUAAUAUGAAGAUUAUAGGAAUAAGUUUUCAUGUUGGUAGUGGAUGUCUGGACGCCAAUUCAUUUGAGAAAACAAUUGAACGCGCAAGAGUACUGUUUGAUUACGGAAAAUCUUUUGGAAUGGAUUUCACCAUUUUAGAUAUCGGAGGAGGGUUUCCGGCACUCCCGGGAUCCAAACUGUCCAUUGAUGAAAUAGCAUCAUCCGUGAAUGCCUCUUUAGAAAAUGAGUUUCCUUCUAAAAUAUUCAACAAUUUGGAGGUUAUCGCUGAGCCCGGAAGAUGUUAUGCAGCAACCGCGUUUGUGUUGGCAACAAAUGUGAUAACGAAACGGGAGCACACAAAGCUACCGAACGUGGAUGUUGAGUACAUCAUCAAUGAAGGAUUGUAUGGAUCUCUGGUGUAUUUGCAUGAUACUUUACCAGGAGAAAUGAAUCCCUAUGUUCCGGGGGAAAAAGCAGACAAGGAUCGCCAUUACGCUUGGUUGUGGGGUCCAACUUGCGAUGCUCGGGCGUUAGCUAAGAAAAUAUCUGUGCCGAAAUUGGAUUGUGAUGACUGGCUGUUUUGGAAAGAUGCUGGAGCUUACACUUUUGCAUGUUCGAGUGGUUUUAAUGGAUUCAAAACAAGAACAUUCUACAACAUUAUUUCAAAGGAAAAUGAGGCAAUAUUUUGGUCGCUCAUGAACAACAAAGUCAAAGUAUUAUUGGGGUGAUGAAAAGAUUGCCGGAAUAAUCAAGCCAUUUUUCGCAGAAGAAAAUUUUAGGUUUUUCUUGUUUUCUAUGGCCAGGAGCAAUGAAUUUAUAAAUCAUUCAAUAACAUUGCUUGAGAGUAGAAAAUUAUUGAAUUUUUUUGGCUUCUGUUUAAAAACAAAUGGCUGCAAAGUAAUAAUAUGGAGUCAUAGAGUAACAAUGUUUUAGAACAGUGGUUGGUCUCAGCCAUUAAAUACUAGCAGAUCGAUAGCACUAAAUGAAAUGUACUCGCGGACUUAGAAAGAAAUUUCGCUUAAUCGUUUAUGUCUAUUCCUUCAAAUACCAUUAUGUCAUCCUGACGAAAAAAUGAGUUUGGCGAUUCCAGCAAUCAGCGUUUUAAAACUUAAUCCAUAUUUUAGGUAAUAUUUUCUUUAAUGAGCGCUAGACUGCAAAAUCAGGAAAACAAUUUGCAUCUAAAAACAUUUAGGCUUCUUACGAUAAACAUUCGAUGGUGAAA